UCAAUUCAAGAAAGUAUAUAUAUAUAUUAGCCUAGCUUGAGCUCAUAGGAAGGAUUUGAAGAUCAAAUAAGCAGUCAAAAAUGGUGUCAUCAUCACUAAGGCUGCAGAAGAGGCUAGCAGCUAGCAUUCUCAACUGUGGGAAACGGAAGAUCUGGCUCGACCCCAAUCCCAAUGAAACCAAUAACAUCUCCACCGCCAUCUCCAGAAUGAAUGUAAGAAAGCUCAUCAAGGACGGUCUGAUCAUCAAGAAGCCAGCGAAAAUCCAAUCGCGAUUUCGCGCGAGACGAGCCCUAGAAGCGAAGAGGAAGGGGAGGAGCUGCGGGUAUGGGAAGAGGAAAGGGACCAGAGAAGCAAGGACGCCAUUGAAGGUGGUGUGGAUGAAGAGGGUGAGAGUUUUGAGGCGUUUGCUGCAUAGGUAUCGCGAUUGUACCAGAAUAGACAGGCAUGUCCACCAUGAUCUGUACAUGAAGGUGAAGGGGAACAGAUUCAAGAACAAGAGGUGUUUGAUGGAAUGCUUACACAAAUUGAGGGAUGAAAAGCUAAGGGAAAAAAGAUUACCACUACAUCAUCAUCAGCUCAAAGUCACAAUGGUAAAAAGGCUAUAGCUAGCUAGCUUGUUAAUUACGAGUAAUUGUUAUAUAUGUGUGGAAAUGAUAUAAUGUUUACAGUGUUUCUGAGUAGUAGAACUAAUGGUGUCAACUAUAGCAUAUUAUGUGUAGAUGUUUGUAAAAUUACUAAGUUAUUGUGAAUGUUGUUUCUAGUUUUGUUUUUGAGUAGUAGAACUAAUGGUGUUCAGCUAGCAUAUAUUUAGAUGUUUGUAAAAUUACUAAGUUAUUGUGAAUAUAAUGUUGUUUCUAGUUUUUGUG